AUGGGGAGUGACUUGAUGCUCUUCCUGCGUGUCUCUUUGAGGGGCGGUCUCCUUCCCCUGUGGCUGCUGGCGCUGCUUGUGCCCGCGUGCACGGGGCAGGUAGAGCACCUCAACUUCCUGACGCACGGCCCCUGGGUGCAGAUCCAGCGGUUUAUGGUGCCUAGAUUCGUGGCGCGAGGCCUCAACGCAAGCCUGGAGUGUGACUACGUGGUGCAACAACAUGCGCGACUGUACUCCCUCAAGUGGUACAAAGGCUCUUCCCAGUUUUACCAGUACAUCCCGUCCAAGACGUUGCCCCACGCCGUCUUCUCCGUCAAGGGCCUCAAGCAGAACCAGGUGGUGGCUGGGCGUGAUGGAAGCCGCGUCACCUUGUCGGGCGUGGAAGUGGGCGCCUCGGACGUGUACCGCUGCGAGCUGGUGGCCGAGGGACCGCCCUUCCACACCACGCAGCGUUCCGCCAACAUGACCGUAGUAGUGCUGCCUCGAGGCCCGCCCAUCAUCACUGGCAGCAGGAACUAUUACCAACACAAUGAGAGGGUGGCGCUCAACUGUACCAGCCCACCGUCCCGCCCCGCUGUGGUGCUCUCCUGGACUGUGAACGGCCACCAGGUAUCCGACAGCCACAUACGGACGGUGGAAAAGGUUACCAACCCUGCCGGCCUGGAGCGAGUCACCACGCGCCUGGGCCUCCGCGUCACACAGGACCACUUCCGCGGGGGCACCAUGACCAUCACCUGCGAGGGCCGCUUGGCAGACCUCUACGCCAGAACCGCCCGCAUCCGCAUCCGUGAGCCCUCGAGUCGCUGGUUCACCUCCACCAACCUCUACCACACGUCUGCCUCAAGCCAUCUGGAAGCGUCGUGGUGUAGUGUCGUGGCAGCAAUGGGAAUCAUCAGCCACGUUCUGUGCCAGUUUCUGUCAUAAGCCACAUCGUCUCUACUACCCUUAUCACCACCACCACCACCACCACCACCACCACCACCACCACCAAAGUCGUUGCCAUCUGCCACUUUCCUGCCGCCUCCCCCGCGUCUCACUGGCCGAUCUCGCACCAUAGGUAAAUACACAGCGGCUAUACGGACCACUGCACACGGGCCUCCUCAAAGGGCGGACUGGCGGGUGCCGCCGUGGCUUGUGGGAGGGAGGAAUCCACGCGCCCACUGCUUGAGACAGUGACCAGGACUUCAUGAUGAAGUUUCUCCCUGAACGUUUUUUUUUUUUAAAGUUUUGAAGGAGUUAAGGACAACUGUGUGAUGGUACUUGCAGGUGAACGGUUAGGUGAAUUAAGAGGAGACACCUCAUCCUUCAGACUGUGAAAUAGUGACACGGAAGAUCGAUUUUGAUAGUUGGACGAUUUCCAGACGGCGCUAAGAAAUUGUUAAUAUGGAAAGAACUCAGACGCUACAGACAUCUUCCUUGUGGCCUACUCCUUGUCCUUUGUGGAGAGAAAAGACAUCUGGGAUGAGUAGCUUACUCUAGCGGUGUGGGUCAAUGACUCCGUGUCCAUUUCUCACUGCUGAAAAAAAAGAAAGUAAAAAGAAUUAUGUUCUGAUCUGUCGCCUUGUCCCAGAGGAGAACACGCGAGGGUCUGUGAAGGAGGCCAGUCGUGUCGUCGUCGCUAUUGUCGUUGUUGUUCAGUCGAUUCCUUUCUUGUCUUGCUCACUCGCGCCACGGAGAGGAGGGAAAGGAAGAAGAAAACUUCAGCUCCACUCAUGGAGAGAGGAAAGAGAGAAAGGGAAAGGAAUAGGGUAAGAAAAGGAGAUUACUGUCUGGUUGCACGCCAAGCUGGAAAAAAAAAUUAAUUAAAGUCUCUCUCUCUCUCUCUCUCUCUCUCUCUCUCUCUCUCUCUCUCUCUCUCUCUCUCUCUCUCUCUCUCUCUCUCUCUCUCUCUCUCU